AAAGAGAACCCCUCCAAGGCUCUCUCUUCCUUUAAUCUGAAAGUUAAAAAUUGUUUGUUUUGAGGUAGCGAAGAUCGAAUUAAGAGACUCAAGAUGGCAUCAAACACAGAAGCUGAGUCAGAAAUGACAUUGACUGUCUUGGGUUGUGGUAAGUCGCAAUUGGUUUGCUCUGUUUGUUGUGCGAAAUAAAAAGUUGGAGAGAUGGAAGGUCAGCCUCGUCGUUAUAAAGAACUCGAGCGAGAGCCACCCCCUUCUACACCCCCUUCUACACCCCCAUCCUCUAUAUAAAAACAGAAUGCUAAUAUCAUUCCUAGGAACCAUGGGAAUAGCAAUCCUCUCCGGAAUUCUCUCCUCGCUCCAUGAAAUAUCCCUCCAAACAUCCGCAUCCAUAUCCUCAUCAGGAUCCUCCACCCCUUCAGAAACGCCCUCCCGCCUCCCCUCCCGCUUCAUAGCCUGCGUCCGACGCGCCGAAAGCGCGAAAAGAAUCAAGAAAGCACUAGCCGACCACAUCUCCACUGUCAAAAUCGUGCAAAACGAGAACGUGAAAGCAUGUCAAGAAGCAGAUGUCAUCCUACUCGGUUGCAAGCCCUACAUGGUGAAAGACAUCCUGGCAGAAAAAGGAAUGGUCGAGGCUUUGAAGGGAAAAAUGUUGAUUAGUAUCUGCGCGGGCUUGCAAGCAGACCAAAUCUAUGGAUACCUCUAUUCAGCCGUGCCCUUGGAUCCAGAGGCAGAAGGACUUUGUCGAGUCGUCCGCGCAAUGCCCAAUACGGCGUCUGCGAUCAAGGAAUCCAUGACUGUCAUCGCGACUACUACACCACCACUCCCAUCCCACGUCUCAAGUCUCGUGACUUGGAUAUUCAAACGGAUAGGCGAUGUCGUUUACUUGCCAGCGAGCAACAUGGACGCAAGCACCGCUCUGUGCGGAAGUGGCCCGGCGUUCUUCGCGUUGAUGUUGGAGGCCACCAUUGACGGCGCUGUUGCCAUGGGAUUACCGAGAGCAGAAGCGCAACGUAUGGCGGCGCAAACGAUGAGAGGUGCUGCGGGGUUGGUGUUAGAUGGUGAACAUCCAGCUUUGCUGAGGGAUAAAGUUAGUACUCCGGGUGGAUGCACGAUUGGCGGACUUUUGGUGCUAGAAGAGGGAAGAGUGAGAGGAACUGUUGCGAGAGCCGUGAGAGAAGCUACUGUGGUUGCGUCACAACUAGGAAAGGGAGUCCAAGGCGUCAAUGGAACCAGGUUUUAG